CGGGCGGUGACAAGUGACUGGCAGCUCCGAGAGCCCGACUAGCGUGCUCGGCCACUGGCGCAGCAAAAGAAAGAGGGACUGGGUGCUGGAGGGGCCGGGGAAGACGCACUGAGAGGCGCGGGUGGGCGACAGUCUCCGCAGGGAGCGGUGGCAGAGACUGGGGGGAGAGUCGUCGUCACGGGUCGUGUGCGCGGUCGGAGCGUAGGUCGGGCGGUACUCAGGUACUCUAUCCUCGAGUGGCUGUGGUGUUGAUGCGGCAGGUGGUUGUAGCGGCUUGGCGGUGCGAUCGUCCCUUCAGGCUGGGAGUCUGGGAGACGGGCGCAGCACACAUCCGUCUCCGCCAACACCGCUCGCACCACCGCUCGCACCACCGCGCAGACGCACCGGCUGGCUAUUUUGCUAUUCUUGACACCUCCGCCCGUGCUCGAGCCCUGCAUCAUCACCACCGGCUCUUCCGACCACAUCGCUGCCACCGUCGCGCUCCAUUCUUAAGCGCCGCGCUCCCCGCCGUCUCGCUCACCUCCCAGCCGUCCCCGUACUGUCGCAGCUCGCCCACGCAGCUCCUCGUCCACGCAGCGCCGCCCUCCCUCACCCACCCGCCCUCCACUCGCUUGCCGUCAGUCGCUCCAGUCAGUCCCUUGUGGGACACCCCGUUCAGGCGACUCUCUCUGUCUCACCCGUCGGCCCUCUCGCCCCCACGUUCGUCGCUGCUCGAGCCUCGCCCGGCCUUCCGGCUCGCUACCCAGCGCCUGCACCGACUGCCUCCACCGCCUGGUCGCUGCAAGUCGCUGCAAGUCGCUGCAAGUCGCUGCAAUUACACCCGUCGAGACAUCCUGCAUUCCUAUCGACCAAUCUCGCCCUGCCUACCAGCUGUCAGCACCACGGCCGACUAAACGUCGCCAGCUUCCCACUCGACGAGACACUCGCCUGCCGUCCAGCCAACCGCAACACCACCCCGAGCCUGCUGCGUUGUACACGGCACGCCAUCCACCAUGUCGCAGCAGCAGAAUAACGGCGAGCCUGUGAUGCGUAGGUAAGUCGCAAUUCUGCUUUUCGCCGUUUGUUGUCAGACCGAGCACCCUUGUUUGUUGCGCCUUGCGUGUCGAUCAUCACUUUUGCGCCUGCCAUUACUUGCAUCUCCCAGCCUUGGCU